UUACAUAAUGUCAACGUAGGAAUUCCCAUAUCAUACCUAAAAAAGCUAAUAAUUCGAUGUACUCUCGACGUCUAAUUUCUUUUCAACAAUGAAAUCUAUAGACAGAGAAAUGGGGUUGCUAUGGGCUCGCCACUUGGUCCAUUGCUAGCGCACUUAUUUUUGGGUAGUAUGGAGAGCAGUACUGUCACACCUGCUAUAAAGGAGAUUACCUUCUACAAAAGAUACGUGGAUGACAAGUCCAUUAUAUGCGACGAGAACUGCAGCUUGAAUGACAUCCUGAAAGUAUUCAAUAACAGUCAUCCUGCUAUCCAGUUCACCUUAGAGAAAGAAACCGAAGGAAAAAUAUAUUUCCUUGAUGUGCUACUAACAAGGACAACCGACGGAUCUUUGAAAAGAUCUAUUUACAGAAAAUCGACAUGAACGGGAAAACUGACCAAUUUUUACAGUUUUUUCCCUAUGGAUAGAUAAAGGUUUCUAAUCUGUUCUCUCUCAACACGGGUUCGGAGAAUUUGUAGUGAAGAUAGGGUUGAUAAUGAACUCAAACAACUGAAAGAAACCUACAUAGAGAACGGGUGUCCACUAAUCUUCGUAGAGGACAAUAGCAAAGUACGUGGACGAAAUGCAGAGAUUGAUAAGGUAGCUAAAAAAGGGUUGCACCUAAACGUAGAAUGAAAUGAAAUACUUAGAAAUCGUCUGACCAG